AGCCGCACGCACCAGCGCGUCUAUGGGACACUGAGGACUUCAUCUGGCUGCACCGGACACUGGUUUAUUCAGCGCCUUCGUUUCCUUUUAUCGGUCUGUUUUUGGGGUUUUUAUUUUUAUUUUUUCAAAAUCUUUCAAUUCGGAACUUUUUUUGAGGCUCGUUUUCAUUCAGAAACUUUCACUUAUGGUUCGCGAUUAUGGGGUCAAGUUGUGGUUUCUCUCGGGGAAACGUGGCUGUGCUGCUGCUGUUGCUGCUGCUGAAAGGAUCGAGAGGGCUGUACUUCCCUCAGAAGGAGUACAUUGAGACGGUGUAUGUCGGCCAGCCGGCGGGGACGCCGCUCCUCCAGGUCCACGCCAUGCUGGACAGCAACUCUGAGCGGCCGCACUUCUACCUGUGCUGGAUGAGCUCCAUCAGACGCUCCUACAGCUCCUGGUUCAACCUGGACGUCCACACUGGAAUUCUGUCCCUGAACAAAACCCUGGAGGAGAGUGACUUUGCCUUGUUAAGUCAAAAGUCGUGGUCUGUGAAGAAGUUGUUCCUGCAGGUCAUAGUGUUACCAAACCUCCCAAAGAAGUCCCAGUGCAUCAACAGAAACUCCCAUCGCAUCACCCUGGACUUCGUCAACGCCACGCUGCCUCAGUGCGCUCAGACAGAUAUGAAGGAGCUGUGCUUCCCGCACAGAGAUACCUCCAACCCGCACAUCAUGGAGAACAGGUUCCCCGGGGCCCUUCGGCAAAUGCGACGUCUCACCAGACUCAACGUCUGCCCCAACUACACCAUUUCUUACAACGUUGAAUUAGAUACUCCAGCACCGUUUGCUGUAAAUGAGAACACCACAGAGCUGGUGGUGACCGCUCCGUUGGACCGCGAGGAGAGCGAGCGUUACAGACUCCUGCUGGUGUGCACAGUCCGGACGGAAACGCUCGUCACUAAGGUGGAAACCUCGCUGGACGUUUUUGUGGACGAUGAGGACGAUAAUGCGCCAUACCUGAAUGGAACAGACACAGCAGAUAUUAUCAUCAGCUUCAAUCGGACGAAGGGUGGGUCCUUUGGCACGUUGUUCGUCUUUGACAGGGAUUUAACGCCCAUCUAUCCCAUAGACCAGAGUCACAAUAAGUAUGUGGGGACCUUGCUCAAUAGUGACCCGUGGAUAAAGGAGACAUUUUACAUAAAAGACACCUUCAGUGAAAAGAAAGCUGCUCAGGGAGGCAUUCGAGAGACCGUCCACGACUACCAGCUCGUCCUAAAGAGGAACCUGUAUGUGACAGAGAAUCGCACCCUGCAGCUGGACUACCGGGUCAAUGACACCACCUAUCCUGGUCUAGAGGGGACAGUGUUGCUGCACUUUAACGUCACCAUCUUACCGGUCCACAUCCGCUUCUCCAACAUCACGCAUAUGUUCACACUGACCCGCAGAGCGUCUGUUUAUGCACAGGUUGGAAGAGUCUGUGUGGAAAACUGCCAGCAGUUUGAUGGCUUCAGUGUCACAUACCGGCUCGAGGUGCCAGAUAAGAACGUGUCCGCUGACGUGCAGUCCUGCUACGCAGCCGUAGGCAUCACGCAGGCCCCAGACGAGAUGUGGGGACUGCUCUAUGUGAACGACACGGAGGCGCUGCGCAGGCCCGAGUGCCAGGACCUACAGUACCUUGUUGUAGCUCAGGAGGAGCAAACGCAGCUGGAGGCCAGCACGCAGAUCCACAUCAUACUAGACACAAACAAGGCCAGUCAGGAGAACCAGCAGUUCCUGUCCUGUGCAGAAAACAGACAGCGAGCAGCCUGUGAGUCUGUGCGAGGGCUCGGGGCAACAACAGGGAGAUGCCAGUGGAGGCAAGGCAGUGAGAAAGGGAUAUCUGAAAAUUACUCGACCUGCUCCCCUGACUUGCGGACGUGUCCAGAUAGCUUUUGUGAUGCAGUUGAAAGCAAAGAUAUGUCAAUAUGCCCUCAAGACUGUACAAAGGAAGCUGUUACCGGAGGUCACGAACGAGGCCUGAGGAACGGGAUCCAGGCCGGCUAUGGAACCUGCUAUUGCUACUCUGAGAGAUGCUUCUGUGAGAAGGAAGACAUCGAGGAGGCGAUAUGUGACGACAUGUGUAAGAGCAUCAUUGCCACGGCUCUGCUCCUCUCCUUCAUCGUCUCCAUCCUCCUGUCUUCAUACUUCAUCCACCGGUACCACAAGAACUCGCCUAAGCCCCCGAUCGCCUCUGCCGAGAUGACUUUCCGCCGGCCAGCUCAGGCUUACCCCAUCAGCUUCCCCGCUAACAACCUACGCCGAGGCUCGCAGGAAUCCAUUGAGACCGACACCUUUAAAAUACCUGAGGAUCCUAAGUGGGAGUUUCCUCGUAAAAACCUUGUACUUGGCAAGACUUUGGGAGAAGGAGAGUUUGGGAAAGUUGUUAAGGCAACAGCUUUCAGGUUGAAAGGAAAAGCUGGUUACACCACUGUGGCUGUGAAAAUGCUUAAAGAAAACGCUUCUCACAGCGAGCUGCGUGACCUGCUGUCAGAAUUCACUUUACUGAAGCAAGUCAACCAUCCGCACGUCAUAAAGAUGUAUGGAGCUUGCAGCCAGGACGGUCCAUUGUAUCUGAUCGUGGAGUACGCCAAGUAUGGGUCACUCCGCAACUUCCUGCGCGAGAGUCGGAAAGUUGGCCCGAGCUACAUGGGCAGGGACGCCAACCGAAACUCCAGCUACCUGGAGAACCCGGACGACAGGGCACUCACCAUGGGGGACCUGAUCUCCUUUGCAUGGCAGAUCUCCAGAGGCAUGCAAUACUUGGCUGAAAUGAAGCUCGUUCACAGGGACCUCGCAGCACGAAAUGUCCUCGUAGCUGAAGGACGAAAGAUGAAAAUCUCAGACUUUGGCCUUUCCAGAGACGUGUAUGAAGAGGACUCGUAUGUCAAGAGGAGCAAGGGUCGUAUACCUGUUAAAUGGAUGGCAAUAGAGUCGUUGUUUGAUCACAUUUACACAACACAAAGUGACGUCUGGUCCUUUGGUGUGCUGUUGUGGGAGAUUGUGACACUGGGAGGAAAUCCAUACCCAGGUAUCGCCCCUGAACGCCUCUUUAACCUGCUGAAGACUGGAUACCGGAUGGAGAGACCAGAGAACUGCUCGGAGGAAAUGUACAACCUCAUGCUUCGGUGCUGGAAACAAGAAUCCGACAAGAGGCCGACGUUCUCAGACAUCAGCAAAGAACUGGAAAAGAUGAUGGUGAAAAGUCGGGAUUACCUAGACCUGGCGGCGUCCACGCCAGCCGAUGCCCUGCUGUACGACGACGCCCUCUCUGAAGAGGACACACCACUAGUGGACUGUAAUAACGCCCCUCUCCCUCGAACCCUCCCCUCCACAUGGAUUGAAAACAAGCUCUAUGGUAGAAUCUCCCAUGCAUUUACUAGAUUUUAGAAACAGGACACACAACACAAGCUCUCUUUUUUGGCAAGUUGUGAUUGGCUUUUUUUCCGUAGUCAAGUGUGUGUGACUGUGAUCUAGGCAUGCUCUUUUUUGCUGAUUAAUGCUGACAUAUCUCCCAUUUCAUCGUAAAUGAGAGGCUCAGUGAAAAAAAAAGAUCUUGUGUCUUGACUGUUUUUUAUUUGGACCUGCUUCUAAUGUACAUCAAUGCUGACCAAAAAGUGCUACAUUUGUAAAUAUUCAAUAUAUACCCUCCAUUCUAAUUUAUUUGGCACCGCUCGUGCUUGUGCAUUUUAUUUGUACAUAGUCCAUUUUUUUCAUCUCCAUUGUCGUCAUUUCCACCUCAUUUGUUUGCAUUGGAAGAAACAGUGUGUAACAUUUGAAACAGGUCCUCGCUCAACCAAUCACUUGCUGUUGUUUUUUAAAAUUCCUGACUUUAUAAUGUAUAUUAAGCCAUUAAUCUAUGAUGAUUUCACAAUACUGAACAGAGAAACAGUAAGGCUUUUGAACACAACUCUCAUGACAUUGAUUUAAAGUUAAAAACAUAUUGGAUAGUUAAAUCCAGGGGAAUGUGAACAGUAUAGCCUUGGUACAUUACAUAAUAACACAAUAAAUAAUAAAUUAUAUGAUAUAUUUCACUGUAUGUACACUUCUGAGAGUCAAAUCAGGACUUGUUUCAUAGACAGGCACCACAGAGUUUUGCUUUGAGAGCCUUACUGUCUGCACGCUGUUUAUCUUUCACUGAGUGCAGAAAAAUGAUAUGUUCUCGUUUUUAGGCAUGUCAUACCCGAACUGGCCUGAGAAGAGCCCGGUACCGCUCAACAGACAUGAUGCCACUAAUCCAGUCUUUACAAGAUAUGCCAAUGAUAGUGUUUAUGCAAACUGGAUGGCUUUGCCUUCACCCGCAAAA